AUGCUCAAUCUUCGUCUUUUGAUACUUACUGCUGGUCUGGCAGCCGCCGCUGUCCAUGUUGCCUUACAUGACAGCGACUCGACGCUGGAGCUGCUCCUGAGACGCCAGGCUCCUGGUACGCCACAGUAUGCGUGCCAUGAGAAUUGUGGCAACACCAUUGCCUUUGGUCGCAACCCCAACCACUGCGACAAUUCCACCUGGACCGCCGCCUAUGAAGCUUGCCUCGAAUGCGCUCUCGAAUUUGACAUUUGGCGCUUCUAUAGUAACGGCGUUACCAAUGCCGCUCAAGCUUGCGGCCUGAGCCCUACACCCUCACCUUCGGGAGGUGCGGUGUCUCCUUCGUCGACGGUCUCGCAUGCCUCUACCACCAGCUCUGAGCCUAGUUCUACUGCUCCUGCGGAGACUUCUGGGAGUGCAGGUAUCACGACCGAUGCCCCGACGACAGCCCCUCCUAGUACCGGAACGGGCGCAGGAGUUUCUACGCCGCCCCCAACAACCUCGCCAGUCACUGCAGGCGCCCCGGAGUUUAGCAUUCAUUCAACCAUGCCCUUGCUUAGCGUUGGGUCCUUGGUCGCCAUUUUCGUGGCAUUCCUUGGGGCAUGGUAG